UUUUUCAUUCAUUUGAGCUCUUAAUAUGGGGAACUGUUAUACUUGCUUGGGAGUAGUGAACGCAGAAAACCAGAACACAUCAAAGAAGAAGAAGCGAAGGAAGAAGGGACGCAGAGAACAAAGACCCAAUCCUUAUGCUCAAGACCCAAGGUCUCCGGCGCCGAUUCGAGUUCUUAAAGACGUUGCUCCACUCUGUCACAAAACACGAAUCAGCGACAAGUAUAUACUGGGUCGCGAACUGGGUCGAGGCGAGUUUGGUAUUACUUACUUAUGUACCGAUAGAGAAACUAAAGAAGCCCUAGCCUGCAAGUCCAUUUCCAAGAGGAAGCUCAGAACGGCCAUCGAUAUCGAGGAUGUUCGAAGAGAGGUUGCUAUUAUGUCUAGCCUUCCCGACCACCCAAACAUCGUUAGGCUUAGAGCUACUUACGAAGAUAACGACGCCGUGCACCUUGUCAUGGAGCUUUGUGAGGGUGGUGAGCUCUUUGAUCGGAUUGUGGCAAGGGGACAUUACAGCGAGCGUGCAGCGGCAAAUGUGGCCCGGACGGUCGCUGAGGUUGUUCGGAUGUGCCAUGAACAUGGAGUGAUGCAUAGAGACCUUAAACCUGAAAAUUUCCUCUAUGCUAAUAAGCGAGAGAAUGCGCCGCUUAAAGCGAUCGAUUUUGGGCUCUCCGUCUUCUUUCGCCCUGGGGAGCGGUUCUCUGAGAUCGUGGGAAGUCCUUAUUAUAUGGCACCAGAGGUGUUGAAGCGGAAUUAUGGGCCGGAGGUUGAUAUUUGGAGUGCUGGUGUGAUUUUGUAUAUUUUGUUGUGUGGGGUUCCUCCAUUUUGGGCAGGUGUGGAUAAUUUAGUUCUGUUUUAUAUUUUGAUUUUAUCUUCUUCUUUUCGUUUUUGUUUACACUGUUUGUUGUUUAUUGCAGAAACUGAGCAGGGGGUUGCCUUGGCAAUUCUGCGGGGUGUGAUUGAUUUCAAGAGGGAUCCAUGGCCUAGGGUUUCAGAAAGUGCUAAGAGUCUUGUUCGGCAGAUGCUGGAACCAGACCCAAGAAAACGUUUGACUGCUCAGCAGGUUCUGGACCAUUCAUGGAUACAAAAUGCAAAGAAAGCUCCAAAUGUUCCACUUGGAGAUAUUGUGAGGACAAGGCUCAAACAAUUCUCUGUGAUGAAUAGAUUCAAAAAGAAAGCCAUUCGGGUAAUUGCGGAACAUUUGUCUGUUGAAGAAGUGGAAGUCAUAAGAGAUAUGUUUAAAUUGAUGGACACUGAUAACAAUGGGAAAAUAACGUAUGAGGAGCUGAAGGCUGGCUUACAAAAGGUUGGUUCUCAAUUGGCUGAACCAGAGAUGAAACUGCUGAUGGAAGUGGCUGAUGUUGAUGGGAAUGGUACGUUAGACUAUGGAGAGUUUGUUACGGUUACAAUCCACUUACAGAAGAUGGAGAAUGAUGAACAUUUCCGUAGAGCAUUUAUGUUCUUUGAUAGGGAUGGGAGUGGUUAUAUUGAGAUGGAUGAGCUACGGGAAACCUUGACAGAUGAUUCUGGAAAAUUUGAUGAUGAAGUACUGAAUGAUAUUAUACGUGAGGUUGACACAGACAAGGAUGGAAGAAUCAGUUACGAGGAAUUUGUUGCAAUGAUGAAAACUGGUACUGAUUGGAGAAAGGCAUCUCGACAAUACUCAAGAGAGAGGUUCAAGAGCUUGAGCAUUAACUUGAUGAAGGAUGGUUCUCUGAAAAUUGGUAAUGAAGCAGAUGGCCAAGUUACAAUUAUUGAAGCCAAAGGGGACAUUUCCUAGGUCUGCUGUGAGCCUGUGAUGCUGAAAAUUCUAUUGCUGUGAAGCUAAACCAAAGUAAUGUGCAUCUUCAGAAUAUUCAAUGCUCCAUAACUAUGGUGUGGGGGAAAUUGAUAUCCUAGAGUCUUGGCUCCAUAAAUGAAGCUAAAUGUCGGCACUGAUCUGGUUUUGUUGGCAGGACUUUGGUAUGCUUUUUGGCUACAUGGAAGUAGAUCCCAGAGGACCUUGGACUGGCUUGAUUUUGGUAUUGGUAGAUAAGGGGUAUCAUUCAUAAUUCUUUUAGAAUUUGCACCACGUUUGUAAAUUUGUCUAUGUGAUUGAUUUGCCUG